AUUAACACUAUUACAUCUUCAAUUCUACUAAUCUUUUUUCUACUUAUAUUCCCUAUCACACUAUCACUAACUAACCUAAUUAAAUCAAUUAACUUCCCAAACUACGUAACUAUAUCAAUUAAAUACGCUUUUUUACUAAGCCUGGUACCACUAACCACAUUCUUUUCAUCAAAUACCGAACUGCUAAUUACCAACUGACACUGAAUCACAAUCAACACCAUAAAACUAUCUAUUAGCCUAAAAUUUGACUUCUUUUGCAUCAUCUUCUUAUCAGUAGCCCUAUUUGUAACAUGAUCAAUUAUAGAGUUUUCAUCCUGAUAUAUACACUCAGACCCCCAGCUGAACCGAUUCAUUAAAUACCUUCUUAUAUUCCUUAUUACUAUAAUUAUUUUAACCUCAGCCAACAACCUAUUCCAACUAUUCAUCGGAUGGGAAGGUGUAGGUAUCAUAUCAUUCCUAUUAAUCGGCUGAUGGUAUGGUCGAACAGACGCAAACACUGCAGCUCUGCAAGCCAUCCUAUAUAAUCGCAUCGGAGACAUUGGAUUUAUCCUAACAAUAGCCUGAUUCUGCCUACACUCCAACUCCUGAGAACUACAACAAAUCUUUAUAACAAACAACCCAGCAAACCCUAUCCCCCUUUUAGGAUUAUUAAUUGCAGCAACAGGGAAAUCAGCCCAAUUUGGACUACACCCAUGACUCCCAUCAGCUAUAGAAGGCCCUACACCAGUAUCAGCCCUACUACACUCCAGCACAAUAGUAGUAGCAGGAAUUUUCCUCAUAGUCCGAUUCCACCCAAUUACAUCAAACAAUAGCUUCAUCUUAACUAUAAUAUUAUGCUUAGGAUCCAUCACAACACUAUUCACAGCUAUUUGCGCACUAACACAAAACGAUAUUAAAAAAAUUGUAGCAUUCUCCACAUCAAGCCAACUAGGCCUAAUAAUGGUAACACUAGGAAUCAAUCAACCCUAUCUAGCUUUCCUUCACAUCUGCACCCACGCAUUCUUCAAAGCAAUACUAUUCAUAUGCUCAGGGUCAAUCAUUCACAGCCUAAACGACGAACAAGAUAUUCGAAAAAUAGGAAACUUGACCAAACCAAUACCAUUCACCUCCUCAUGCCUAAUAAUUGGCAGCCUGGCCCUAACAGGAAUACCAUUCCUCACAGGCUUCUACUCAAAAGACCUAAUCAUCGAAGCCGCAAACACGUGCUAUACCAACGCCUGAGCCCUACUAAUUACACUAAUUGCCACCUCUCUAACAGCUGUAUAUAGUAUACGAAUUAUUUAUUUCGUCUCAAUAACUAAACCACGAUUUCCCCCAACAAUUAUCAUUAAUGAAAAUGACCCAAAAUUAAUAAAUCCAAUUAAACGAUUGGCAUUAGGAAGUAUCCUAGCAGGUUUCUUCAUCUCCCACAACAUCCCACCAACUACCACCCAAAUUAUAACCAUACCAUGAUACCUAAAAACCACAGCUAUAAUUGUAACAGUCUCAGGAUUUAUUAUUGCACUAGAACUUAACAACCUAACCUCAAAUCUAGUAUUAAAUAAACCAACACCACCAUCAUCAUUUUCCACAUCACUUGGGUAUUUUCCCCUAAUUAUACACCGAUUACUUCCACUAAAAAUACUAACAAAAAGCUAUAAUACAUCCCUUCAACUAUUAGACUUGACCUGAUUAGAAAAAUCCAUCCCCAAAACAACCUCUACUUUACAAACAAUAACUUCCAAAAACCUAAGUAACCAAAAAGGACUUAUUAAACUAUAUUUCCUAUCAUUUCUUAUUACACUCCUAUCUUUACCCGUCCUACUCCUUACCUAA